AUGUAUCCUUCUCAAGCUUCACUCUUCUUCCUAAAUAUGUGUGUUCUUAUUUGUGGAGAAGCUAUACAAGGCAAUUGUGUGCAUCAUUCUAAGGAUUCUUCAUCUGUCAACAUUGUAAAGGAUGAAUUUAAUGCCAAAGAUGAAAGUGAAAGCAAUGGCUCUCUUUAUAAAAAGCACUGUGAGGAAUCAAACGAUGUUAAGCAUAAAAGAACACGAGAAGAAAAACAUUUCAUGUGUAGAAAUUUGCAAAGUUCUAUGGUUUCCUACACACGAAGUACCAAAAAACUGCUAAGAAGUCUGAUGGAUGAGCAACAAGCUUCCUUGGAUUAUUUAUCUAACCAGGUUCACGAGCUCAUGAAUCGAGUGCUUCUUUUGACUACAGACGUUUUGAGAAAACAGCUGGAUCCUUUUCCUCAUAGACCAGUUCAGUCACAUGGUUUGGAUUGCUCUGAUAUUAAAGAUACUAUUGGCUCUGUCACCAAAACACCAAGUGGCUUAUAUAUCAUCCAACCAGAAGGAGCUGNNNGUCAAUUUUAGGUAAUGUGUGACAUGGAUUACAGAAGAGGUGGAUGGACUGUGAUACAAAAGAGGAUUGAUGGAGCCAUUGAUUUCCAAAGGUUAUGGUGUGACUAUCUGGAUGGAUUUGGUGAUCUUUUAGGAGAACUUUGGUUAGGACUGAAGAAGGUUUUUUCUAUUGUGAAUCAGAAAAAUACCAGUUUCAUGCUGUCCGUGGCUCUGGAAUCUGAAGAUGGCACAUUAGCAUAUGCAUCAUAUGAUAAUUUUUGGCUAGAAGAUGAAGCAAGAUUUUUUAAAAUGCACUUAGGACGGUAUUCAGGAAAUGCUGGUGAUGCAUUCCGGGGCCUCCGGAAGGAAGAUAAUCAAAAUGCAAUGCCUUUCAGCACAUCAGAUGUUGAUAAUGAUGGCUGUCGUCCUGCGUGCCUGGUCCAUGGUCAGUCUGUAAAGAGCUGCAGUCACUUCAAUAACAACACUGGCUGGUGGUUCAGCCGGUGUGGCCUAGCGAACCUGAACGGCAUUCACCACUUCCCCAGAAAGUUACAAGGAACUGGAAUUCAGUGGGGUACAUGGACCAAAAAUAACUCACCUGUCAAGAUUAAAUCUGUCUCUAUGAAAAUUAGAAGAGUUUAAAAUCCAUAUUUUAAGUAA